CAACACUGCAUAGUUGUUGUUCUGAUAAGAGCGCUAGCAAAUCAAACAAAAAUAACGGCGUCGUGCGUUCAAGCAGGUAUACACAACGGAAUUAAUAUUGUUUGCCGCACAGAGUUUAAGGAUAAUCAGUUUGUGGGAAAUUGUCUUCUGUGAAAGUGAGUUCCAAACAAGGCAAGCAGCAAGGAAAGUAACGAUUUUUGGAGCAUAAUGGCAUCCGGCGGCUUGGCAUGUGUCAAAUACUUGACAUUCUUUUGCAAUCUCCUGUUUGCGCUUACAGGACUUCUCAUCUUCUUGGUGGGUGGCAUGGUCCAACUGAACUAUGCCCACUAUUCGAAUUUCGUUAGCGAUCACAUCUGGACCGCACCCAUUAUUUUGAUGAUUGUCGGCGCCGCCGUGGCCAUCAUCUGCUUUUUGGGUUGCUGUGGCGCAUUGAAGGAGAGCAGCUGCAUGAUCCUUAGCUUUGCAAUUCUCGCUGUGGUCAUCUUUCUGUUUGAAAUCGGGUUGGGAGUUGCCGGCUAUGUGAAGCACACGGGACUGCAGCAACUAAUGGAGGGUCAAUUUAAUUCGACUAUGAAGCACUACAAGGAGCGUGAGGACUACCAGGAUGCAUGGGGCCUGCUGCAGACCGAGCUGGACUGUUGCGGCACCUACGGUUUCGCCGACUGGGAGGUAAUCUUUCCGAACAAGACCCUGCCACCGUCCUGCUGCUCCGUUAUCAAUCUGAACGUGGCGAAGGAGUGCACCGAGAUACAUGCCAACAAGCAGGGCUGCUUGCAAAAGCUUUUGGGCAUAUUGGACUCGAAGACCCUUAUCUUGGCGUCCGUGGUGCUGGCAGUAGCGGGUAUUCAGCUGCUCACCAUACUGUUCGCCUGCUGCCUGUAUCGUUCGUUUCGCCGGAGCUACGACCACGUUUAGAUUACGUAGCGAGGAUCCCGUCUGCCGCAUCUGAGCACCGGGUACCGGGCACCGGGAACACACCAAAACAAUUUUUGUAGUUUCGUAGUUGUCUCAAAAUCGAACACACAAUCACCAGCACUCAACCACGCAGAAAUCGAUUCACAACCAACUCAUGUGUCUCACUCGCCGCCCACUGAAGGCUGAUUAGUACUAUAUUAUCUACAAGAAUCUGGCAUUAAACAAAUAUUAGCAAGACAGAAUUGCAUGCCAGAAAACACAUAACAUAUAAUCUCAUUCCACUAUUUGUUAACCAUUAUGAAUAUGUCUUGAUUGGUUUCUGUUAAUUUUUAAGUUUAUAAAAUCGAAACUCAUCUGCCGACUAAUCGAGAACUUUGAUUAUAAUAUAAGAAUAUUACGUCAAAAUAUUAUUUACUCAUUCCCCAACAAAUGCCAACAUAUUUUGCCACCACACACACAUAUUCUCAAGCAUAUCACCUAUAUAUUCUCAUCAUAUACUGCAUACAUUUAACAAAGUGCCCUUUUGUAGCGAUUUUUAAACUAUACAUGUAACAUUUAAAACGCAUUUUUAGAAUAUAUAUGUAGGGGUGUGUGUGGCUUUUCCUCCCUCCAAAGAAUACCCACCAGUUGACUCAUUUCAAAGAAUUGGAUUAUCACCUAAAUUUUCAAUUGAUUACAGCUAAAAUAGCUGGUAGUAUCCGCACACACUUUACGGAAAUGUAUGUGUACCGCAGACAAAGAUUUAAGUCACUAAGCAUUCUCGAAAUGGAAAGUGCUUCAGAACGAAUUUACACUCUUGAGAUCGAAUAACCCAUCCUUACAUCAGAUCAUUCGUGCAUCUCUGAAUCUUGAGGCUUUAAUAAUGGACGAUCACAGAACUUAAUGAAUUGAAUCGAUAUUAUUACCUUAUUACACAGAGGCAUAUUAGCAAUAAAAACAUAUAUACACAAUUUUCUAAAACUGUAAAACUAAUUACUGAUAACUACAUUAUAUGUAUGCAUUUGAAAAUAUAUGUAUUUGUAUUCGUAUUUAAAUCUGUGUUAAAAAAAAAAACAAUGUGCAGCACUGAAAACCC